AUGGACCGUCUAGCAGCCUGCCAUUUGAUGCAUGGCUUCCUCCAUGUCCCAGGUCAUCGUCGUAGGCAUGCCACUUCGCCUUCGUGUCAGCACUUACGAUCUGGUCACAGAUCGUUGAGUUUGGCUGAUCGAAGAGGGCUGAUCAAUCCAUCUAGAACAACAUCGAAAGGGCUGAUCUCUCCAUUGCCUUCUACUCAAAGUAAAAAUAUUGUUGUAGCUAAGGGUUAAGAGAAUGAAGGGGGGAGGGGUUGGAGGGGUAAAUUUUUUUGAAAAAAAAAUUGGGUGGGGAGGGUAGAGUAGGGUAAAACUAAAAAAAAAUUAUGGUUGGGGAGGGUAGGGUAGAAUAAGAUAGGGUAGGGUAAAAAUCUUUCAAAAAAAUUAGCGGGCGUGGUAAUUUUUAGGGGGUGGAUGAAAAAUAUUGUAGUAUCAAAAUAUACGAAAAAACCCGUAAAAUCAUAAUUAAAGUUAUAAAAAUUCAAAAAAAUUUUUUAAAAAAUUCUAUAAAUUAAAAAAAAAUUAAAAAACUUCCACUUAAACCUCUAGCUAUACCAUGAAUAAUAUAAUUUUUACAGGACAUUCCAUGAAGAAGCUACAUGACAUGACCAUGGUCAUGCAAGUCAUGGACUAUGACAGAUUCAGUGCUGACGACCCAAUUGGUGAAAUCUUGUUGCCAAUGAAAAAUGUCAAAUUCGAAAAGAGUCCCAUCUACUGGAAGCAUCUACAACGCCCGACGGUGCAUAGGGUAGGGUUGAAUUUUAAAAUUUACUUAUUUGAAGUAACAGGAAAGUUAUCUAGGCUAGGCUUAGAGGUAGAACUAGAAAAUCGAAAUUAAAAAAUUAUAUUUUGAAGUUCCCGACAAAUUGGCAUUGUGUUUCAAGCUUAUAACUUUGUCAUUUUUUGACUUAAUCAUUUUUCUUUGAUGUACCAGUAGAAAACGUUAAAAAUUAACUUAUUUUUUUAAAUUUGUAAGCGUAGGUCACCUAGAAAGUCGAAAAAAGUGCUUGUAACACAAUGCCAAAUUUGGCGGAAAACUCAAAUAUUUAAAUUUUAAAACUCAAAAGCGCGAGCUAAAAGUUUUUAUGGGUACUAUUGGUGGUACAAAGAGUUUAUAUUAAAAAUUUUUAGAUAAUUUUGAGUGGGAUAGGUUAUGCAAAUUUCAAAAAAAAAUUUUUUUAUUAAAAAAAUUUUUUCAAAAUUUCAAAUUUUUUUCAAAGAUUCAAAAACUGCCAUUUCUAACCACACUUCUUCAGGAACAAGCAGGAGAAGUGAUGAUAACCCUCUGUUACCUCCCCGAAUCCAACAAGCUCAAUGUAUCCCUGGUCAAAGCUAAAGAUCUGCCAAAUCGCGACAAAAUUGGCACAUGUGAUCCUUAUGUCAAGCUAUGGCUGGUUCAAAAAGGCUCAAAGUUGGAGAAACGAAAAACUACGGUUAAACCACAGACCUUGGCUCCAUUAUUCAAUGAAAUCUUCUCGUUUACCGUGCCGUGCAGAGAGAAGUUGGAGAAGGAAAUCAAUUUGGUCGUUUCGGUAAAGGUUUUCACAUAGCCUUUUCAAAAUUUUUUGUGCUAUCUAUCACACCUUACCUACUCUUUCAGGUCUAUUCACAAAAAAUUAGUUAAGAAAAAGAGAAAUGGUAAACGUAUUUUACAAAAUAAACUGUGAUAACUUACUUUGUUCUACCCUAGCCUAGCAUAUCCUAUCCUAUCUUACCUCUCCCUACUCUACUCUACUCUACUCUACCCUACUUUACCCUAACCUACCUUACUUGACUCCACUUUACCCUACUCAACUCUAAAUAACGGUACUCUACAUUACCUACUCUUCUCUACCUUACAGUACAUUAUUCUAUUAAGUUGAACUAAAAAUAGCGGGACCCCUUUUUGUUGAAAAAUUAAUGAAAUGUCAGGCCAUCUUUGGUUCAACCAAAUACAUUGCUUUCUUCAAAAUUAUACCCUAGUGCUACAAUAGCUCUAUAUAUUACGUUUUACAUAACUCUCUUAGAUUAUACUACAAAAUUUUAUUUUUAAAAACUAAAUCAAAUAAUUUUAGGUAAUGGACUACGACCCGAUCAGUUCAAACGACGAGAUUGGGCAUUGUGUUGUAGGGUUGUUGGGCCGAGAUUCUGGGUCGAAGCAAUGGAAAGAAGCCAUGGAACAUCCGGAAACGGCCGUUACCGCUUGGCACAAACUGUCUCCUCACUGGUGA